GCCGUUUAAAAGUACGUCACGUGCUUUGCGCGCUCUGUCGUUCACUGAUCGGUUGUUUUGGUUGUUUUCGUUGUUUUGUUGGCGGUAAAAUCAGUAAAACCAGUAAAACUACGCGAGUAUGUACGAGUCACCCGUAUGACGUCCUUGUAAGCGCCAAAAGCGUGAGGUGAGAAAAACCGAACGCGAGCUCAUUGAGAGCUUUUACAAUGGCGGACCUUUUGGGUUCUCUUUUGAGUUCCAUGGACAAACCCCCUACUGUUGGGGACAAACAGAAGAAAUUAAUUCAAAAACAGCGCGACGAACACAUGAAGCGGGAGGCCGAGGAGAAAGCCAAAUUGAGAAAAUUUCGGGAUCAGGUUGAAGAUCGCAUCAACAGGUUCAUCCAGAACCCCGAGAAACAGAAGCACAAGUUUGAACCCAUGUCGAAAGUUCAUCGGACCAUUAUUCAUGACGUCGCAGACAUUGCGGGUCUAACCGCUUUCUCCUUUGGCGAAGAGGAGGUGGACCGGUACGUCAUGGUAUUCAAGAAGGAGUUUGCGCCCUUGGACGAUGAACUGGCGGCCUACCGCAAAGGGGAAGAGUGGGACCCGGAAAAGGCAAAGGCAGUCGCCCGGCAAAAGGAGCUCGCCGCUGCAGCCUUAGCAGAGCAAGACAAGGAAUCGAGCAGGGGGAGCACUCCCCAGACGGACUACCACGAGAAGUACGAGAAGUUACUAGGUCGGGAGUCCGGCAAGGACGCUGCCAAGAUCACCACUCCCAACAAGCAGUUCGGCUUUGUGCCGAGCGAAAACAAGAGGGACAAGCGGACGGUAGAGCAAGCCCUCGCCGACAUCCGUGCCAAGAAGCAGAAGCGGGCCGACGAAGGGAAUGUGGAGGAGGAGAGCACAGAAGGUCACAGCACAGAAAAGGCAGGAGACGGCUGCUAGUAGACUACAAGGCCUCGUCGGGGAGCCCGUCUAGUCAGACGGAACGCCCGUUAUUUGCUGGGGGGGCAGGUUCCUGCGUUGGUCACUUCAGGCUCUAUAUUCCUGGCGUCAACCAUUUUGUACUACGUUGUUGGGGCUAGUCUACCAAAGCCAGUUGCGCAUGCGAAUGAGACGCUAGCCGAACCCUUGUGCUCUCACAGCAGUGCGAAGUUUCAGCGCCGAGGAAGCCACGCUAGCCUCGACAAUCAAGUGCACUAUAAUUAACGCCGAGUAUGAACUGAAACGACGAAUUAGCCGUAGUAACUCGUAGCUUGCGUUGCAUAUGCAGCUCGUCUGCGAUACCAAUAUUUUUUUUUGACUGUGUAUACGGGUCGCUUAGAAAUUUAGGGUAGAAGAGACCCUGGGAUGCUGCAUACCCCCCAAGCAGUUGAGGACAAGCAUACCGCCGCGUGUACCUGGCUGCCUUUACCUGUAUUUUGUAAAAAUGUAUUAUCAAAAACUUUUGUUGACUGAAUUAUUUUUAAUAAAUUUAUUCCUACCACAGGAAGCUCUGCAGGAA